AUGAUUUUUUUUUCUGGUGAGAUCGACACUCUAGAGGAAAUCAUCCGAAUUUUCGAGAGUCUGGCUUCGAUACAAAUCUGUUUUACAAAAACUGUACUAUACUAUGUAUAUAUUUUCUCUGUCUUAUGGUCAUUCAAAUGGACGUAUCAAUGUUUAGGCUUAGUCGGAGUUAUUAAUGACAUCGAAUGUCGACCAUCGGACAUUCAGUUAUACAGUUGGUCGGGAGCUGAUUUUAAAUCAGGGGAAUGUUGGCAUCAAGGUCAUCGAUUUGCUCAUGGUGCUAUGUGGGGUCGGACAGAUACACCAGGAUCUCCUUAUUGUGUUUGUGAACAGGGUAAAGUACGUCUGUUCUAUAGUCAACAAUCGCUAAUACCUGCUGAUCAAUUGACUAUUCUUCGGCCAACGAAUACGAAUGGAUCACCAACCGCGAAAGAUUUAGCGAAAUGGCCGAUCGCGAACUAUCCGAGCGCUCGACAACGGGUCGUUGUUUGCAGAACUGAUCGAGUCGGUAUACGGAUUCGAUCGCGAGAUGGAUGUACGGGAUGUAAAUGUACGAAAAACGGACAUUGGAUAUGUAAAAAAGCACUACCAUUGAAUCAAACUCGACUGAUGACUCACCAAUCACAACAAAUACCAAGAGAUUCUUUUCCUAAAACAAAUCGACUUGACCGACGUGUAUCGACUGUUCGUUUGCAACCGGAAUGUUCAUCGAGUGUUACACCGAAAUUUUGCAUCCUAAUCGAACGUGUCUCUUCAGCGAACACCAGUGAAAAGCCUAGUCGUUACAUUGAAAUACCACGUGAAACAUCAUGGAUGGACCAGAAUUCGUGUACUCGAUGUUCGUGUACGUUGGAUGGCAUAUUAAAAUGUGAACGUCUUCAUGAUAUAUGCCUUCGUCCUUGCUUUCUACAAAAGACACGUCCGGUAUCAGUGAUGUACUAUUUCCCAUCAGGUUCCAAAUGGUUAACACCACCGAAUCAUAAAUGUCGUUCGUGUUCAUGUGUAAACGGUCAAAGGAAAUGUUUUAAUUGUGAUCAAGUGCUUCGAAUCGAUGUCGGAACGAAGUUUGGUCUUCCCCCUCAAGAACGCUCAGCAGCUAUUGGUGAAUAUCGCUUACUGUCAGUCUUAACCAAAGCAACACCAUGUGUUCUACAGACUAGUGUCAACUCACAUCGACUAAUCUAUCCAGGACAACAGAUAUGGUUCGAACAACGAUGUUAUUUUUGUUCGAAGAAUAAUGCUCGUUUGAUAACAUGUUGA